CACAACGUGAUCUACCAAUAACAUGUUCCUGAAGGCUUUCAUCGUGGCAGUGUUUGUUGCCGUUGUCUCGGCCGAGCUUCCUCCCUCCUACAACCCUCCAGCACCUUCCUACAAACACCCAGCUCCCUCUUACGGGCCCCCAGCACCAACUGGUCAUCCUAAGUACGACUUCAACUAUGCCGUGAAGGACGACCCUUCAGGUGACGAUUUUGGACAUCAAGAAUCUCGUGAUGGCUACAAUACUCAGGGGAACUACUACGUGCUGCUUCCUGAUGGUCGUCUGCAGAGAGUUUCAUACACUGUGAACGGUGACGCAGGCUACGUGGCUCAAGUGGAAUAUGAGGGUGAAGCCCAGUACCCAGCCUACCAGCCCAGCUACAAGCCAGCCCCCAGCUACAAGCCAGCUCCCAGCUACAAGCCUACCCCUAGCUAUGCUUAGUGCUUCA